AUGUCAAAUAACACGCAAAAUUCAAUAUUAACCUCAACCACAACACCGUCCUACAAACUUCGAGCAAGUCUCACACCAACUGAACGCAUAACUACAGUAUUAUAUUUUACUGGUGCAUGGUCUCUAAUACUUGGCUCAUACGAAGGAGGAAAAAAAGCUGGACUACAAUAUUUGGCCGAAAAUGCUCAUAAAUUACCAACAACCAAAGGAGGGUGGUAUUUUUAUCAUAAAAGAAAAAAUUAUCGAAUAAUUAUUGGUGGUAUGAAAAGUGGUGUACGUUUAGCGAUGAAAACGAGCUUAGUAUGUUUAACGUUCACGGGACUGGAAGCUAUGUUAGAUGAAGUUAGGAAAGAAAAUGAUUUUCUGAAUUCGUGUGGAGCCGGACUUACUACAGCUUUGAUCGUUUCGGGAAUAUGUAAAAUUUUAGUUUAA